CCAUUCUGGCCGCGAAGAUCUCUACCGCCGAGACUUCCGUUUUGGGCGCGAAAGCCGUUUACAUGGAGGCGCUGCUGGCCAUCGUUCGCGCGCGACUCGCCGACGCCCUUCACAACGACAUUAUGCUCAAGUUCACUUUGAGCGCGCUCUGGAACCUCACCGACGAGUCCCCGAAAACGUGUCAAAUGUUUCUCCAGAAGGGCGGACUCGACCUCUACCUACAGGUGCUUCAGCGCUUUGAGGGCGAUUGCGCCGUCGAGACCAAAGUCCUCGGAUUGGUCAACAACAUCGCAGAAGUGGAGGAAUUGCGUCACAAUCUCCUCGACCUCCACUUCCUCCGCGUUCUCCGGUUUGUCGCCAAUAAGCUCUCGCUCUCUAUAACGCCUUUCCCUCCGUUUCCAGACUUCUGA